GACUUUGCUUAGUUCGUUCGUGAGGCUAGCGGGGAAGACGCCGUUCUGCUACGAAAAAAUGGACGCGCACUCUGCAAAUUCACCGAUUCUGGUCUGACUGUUUUCAUCCGUGUUCCAAAUUACCGUGCUGCCCGUUUAAUUUGACAAUGGGUGACCAAGAUAAGGAACUCGACUGCACGAAUGCCGCGCGCGGUGUGUGGCUGGUGAAGGUACCCAAGUACAUUGCAUCGAGAUGGAACAAGGCUCCACCCAUGUCUGAAGCUGGUCGACUUAAAAUCACCAAGGGCCCCAAUGGAAAGACGGACAUCCGGUUCACGCUGAGCGACGAGUGCGUCAACAUGAAGGACGUCACCGAGAAGUCCACCAUUCCGAAGGAGCACCGCUUCGUCAUAUCGAACAUCUCCAAUCAGAAUCUCGCAGUGUUCUCCCAGAACAAGGUUGUGGAGGAUGGUGUAGAGCACUCAACUGGCAAGGUCUGUCUCGAAGGCCAUGUUGUGCAGAAGGGUGAAUGCAGACCCAUGGGUGACGACCGCUACAUGCAGUUGAAGAGGCAAACAAUCCUUAAGGCCAGUCAGCCUGUUCGGCAGGUGAAGCAGCUCGACAGAAUUGUCCAAAACUACAAGCCAGUGGCAGAUCACAAGCACAAUUUGGAGUUUGAGCAGAAGAAGAAGGCGGAGGGCAAGAAGGCUCGUGAGGACAAGGACAAGGUGCUGGAUAUGCUGUUCUCGGCCUUCGAGAAGCACCAGUACUACAACAUCAAGGACCUGGAGAAGAUCACACGGCAGCCGGUGCCAUACCUGAAGGAGAUCCUCAAGGAGAUCUGCAACUACAACGCCAAGAACCCGCACAAGAACAUGUGGGAGCUGAAGCCAGAGUACCGCCACUACAAGGACCAGGAGGCCAAGUCCUGAGUGCUCGGACAUUCUCUUAACCUUUUACGUCGGAGCGAUCGAAAUACACCACGAGCAGCCUCACCGACGGACAGGUUGGGGCGACGCGCACAUCACACAACCGACCGAAUCAUACGAUCAUAUUUUUAUUAAAGAGAUUUUGAAUGGGUCGUUUACUGCAUGAGUUUGUUUGUAGAGAUGUUAUUGUUUAGUAUGUACAGCAUGUAGAAAAAGAAGAGCAUCAUAAAUAAACAAAUGGGUACACUCGA